AUGAGUAAAGCUGUUGGUAUUGAUUUAGGUACUACCUACUCUUGUGUUGCACACUUUUCCAACGAUCGUGUCGAAAUUAUCGCCAAUGAUCAAGGUAACAGAACCACCCCAUCUUUCGUUGCCUUCACUGAUACCGAAAGAUUAAUCGGUGAUGCUGCUAAGAAUCAAGCUGCUAUGAACCCAGCUAACACCGUUUUCGAUGCUAAACGUUUAAUUGGUAGAAAAUUUGAUGAUUCAGAAGUUCAAAAUGAUAUCAAACAUUUCCCAUUCAAAGUUGUUAACGAUGCUACUAAACCAAAAAUUCAAGUUGAAUUCAAAGGUGAAUCUAAAACUUUUACUCCAGAAGAAAUCUCAUCAAUGAUUUUAACUAAAAUGAAAGAAACUGCUGAAUCUUUCUUGGGUACCAAAGUUAACGAUGCUGUUGUUACUGUCCCAGCUUAUUUCAACGAUUCUCAAAGACAAGCUACUAAAGAUGCCGGUUUAAUUGCUGGUUUAAACGUUUUACGUAUCAUUAACGAACCAACUGCUGCUGCCAUUGCUUAUGGUUUAGAUAAAAAAGAUGAAGGUGAAAAAAAUGUUUUAAUUUUCGAUUUAGGUGGUGGUACUUUUGAUGUUUCAUUAUUAGCCAUUGAAGAUGGUAUCUUUGAAGUUAAAGCUACUGCUGGUGAUACUCAUUUAGGUGGUGAAGAUUUCGAUCAUAAAUUGGUUGAACAUUUCGUUGCUGAAUUCAAACGUAAAAACAAAAAAGAUAUCUCUGGUAACCAAAGAUCAUUAAGAAGAUUAAGAACUGCUUGUGAACGUGCUAAACGUACUUUGUCAUCAUCAGCUCAAACUUCAAUUGAAAUUGAUUCCUUAUUUGAAGGUAUUGAUUUCUACACUUCAAUCACCAGAGCUAGAUUUGAAGAAUUAUGUGCUUCAUUAUUCAGAUCUACUUUAGACCCAGUUGAAAAAGUCUUAAGAGAUGCUGCUUUAGAUAAAUCACAAGUUGAUGAAAUCGUCUUAGUUGGUGGUUCUACUCGUAUUCCAAAAGUUCAAAAAUUAGUUUCUGAAUUCUUCAACGGUAAAGAACCAAACAGAUCAAUUAACCCAGAUGAAGCUGUUGCUUACGGUGCUGCUGUCCAAGCUGCUAUCUUGACUGGUGAUCAAUCAUCAAAAACCCAAGAUUUAUUAUUAUUGGAUGUUGCUCCAUUAUCUAUGGGUAUUGAAACCGCUGGUGGUGUUAUGACUAAAUUAAUUCCAAGAAACUCCACCAUUCCAACCAAAAAAUCUGAAACCUUCUCAACUUAUGCUGAUAACCAACCAGGUGUCUUGAUUCAAGUCUUUGAAGGUGAAAGAGCUAGAACAAAAGAUAACAACUUGUUGGGUAAAUUCGAAUUAUCAGGUAUCCCACCAGCUCCAAGAGGUGUUCCACAAAUCGAAGUUACCUUCGAUGUUGAUGCUAAUGGUAUCUUGAACGUUUCUGCUGUUGAAAAAGGUACUGGUAAAUCAAACAAAAUUACCAUCACCAACGAUAAAGGUAGAUUAUCAAAAGAAGAUAUUGAACGUAUGGUUUCAGAAGCUGAAAAAUACAAAGAAGAAGAUGAAAAAGAAGCUGCCAGAAUCGGUGCUAAGAACGGUUUGGAAUCUUAUGCUUUCUCAUUGAAAAACACCACUGGUGAAGAAGCUUUCACUUCAAAAGUUUCUGAAGAUGAAAAGAAACAAUUAACUGAAGCUAUUGACUCAACCAUCUCAUGGUUAGAUGAAAACCAAUCUGCUGCUACUGAUGAAUACACUGAUAAACAAAAAGAAUUGGAAUCAGUUGCUAACCCAAUCUUGACCAAAUUCUACCAAGAAAACGGUGGUGCCCCAGGUGGUGCUGCUCCAGGUGGUUUCCCAGGUGGUGCUCCUCCAGCUCCAGAAAAUGAAGGUCCAACUGUUGAAGAAGUUGAUUAG